AAACAGCUUGUGGAGAUAGUAAAUUGCAGCUUUGGUGAUUAGCAUAUUUUCAAGGUCUACAACUUGUUUUGUUCUUGGAGGUUCAGUCAAUACUAUCAGCAAUCAUGGAGACAUCAAUUGAGACGAGAAGAGUGUCUUUGGACGACUUGAAGCAGCAUAACACGGCCAAUGACUGCUGGAUAGCUGUUCAUUCCAAGGUUUGGGAUAUUACACAUUUUAUUAAUGAGCACCCUGGUGGUCCAGAAGUUUUGUUGAACCUCGCUGGUUCUGAUGCCACGGAACUGUAUAACGAUGUCCACGCGCCUGAUAUCAUCGAAGACCUUCCAAGCGACAAAUUAAUUGGGCUCCUCGAGGAGUCUGCAAUUAGUCGACCGACGCCUAAAACUACCGAGAUCGAUCCCGUACCGCCCCCUACAUCACCAACACAAACCAACGACGUCCCCUCGACACCAAAGACCAAAACAGUCCCACCGUUAGAUGCAAUAUUAAGUGCUCCUGACUUUGAAAAGGCAGCGCAAGAUUCCCUGUCCGCGAAAACAUGGGCGUUUUACUCUUCCGCUGCGACAGAUCUCGUCACCCACGGGAAGAAUAAGGAGCUGGUGCGGAGAGUCAUGAUCAGACCCAGGAUCUUGAGGAACGUGUCGCAAGUGAACUACAAGACCAGUAUUCUUGGUUUCGAUAGUAGCGCACCGUUCUUUGUUUCUCCUGCUGCUAUGGCGAGACUUGCUCAUCCUGAUGGGGAGCUGGCGCUUAGUCGGGCGGCGGCCAAUGAGGGCAUCAUCCAAUGUAUCUCGAGUAAUGCUUCCUUCUCGUUAAAGUCAAUAGUCAAAGCCGCUCCCCCAACACAGCCCUUCUUCUUCCAGCUAUACGUCAACUCCAACCACGAAAAGACCGUCGAGCUACUCAAAACGGUCCGUGGUCUCGGCGUCAAAGCAAUCUUUGUAACAGUUGAUGCGCCUGUACCAGGGAAGCGCGAGGCAGAUGAGAGAGCUGCGCAGGAGCAAACUGUCAAGUCGGCGAUUAGUGGUGGCGAGAGCAGUAAGGAUAAGAAGGGAAGUGGCUUUGGACGUCUUAUGGCGCAGUAUAUCGACAAGUCGUUGUGUUGGGAUGACUUGGCUUGGAUUCGGGAGGCGAGUGGGGGUUUGCCGAUUGUGUUGAAGGGAGUUCAGACUGCUGAGGACGUUAUUAAAGCGGCGGAGUAUGGUGUUGAGGGUGUGCUGUUGAGUAACCAUGGUGGACGGUCAUUGGACGGCGCUCAAGCCAGUAUUCUGGUUCUGCUGGAAUUGCGGAAGAACUGCCCAGAAGUCUUUGAUCAACUUGAAGUCUACAUCGACGGCGGCUUCGAGCGGGGAUCGGAUAUCUUGAAGGCCAUCGCUCUUGGAGCAACAGCAGUUGGUAUCGGUCGGCCAUUCCUGUACUCUCUUAUUCACGGCCAAGACGGUGCCGAGCAUCUCUGUCAUAUUCUUAAAGAUGAGCUUGAAACCUCAAUGCGACUUUGCGGUAUAACAUCGCUGAGUGAAGCAAGACCCAGCUUGGUGAAUACGCUGGAUGUUGAUCAUAUGGUGGUCGGUAAUGCGUACACGCGUCUGUUAUCGAAGCUGUAG